AUGAACUCUCUCCGUAUUGCUCGUGCGGCUCUCCGGGCUCGCCCCGUCGCCGCCCGUGUCCCUCUCCAGCGUAGAGGCUACGCGGAGGCCGUGUCGGACAAGAUCAAGCUCAGCCUGUCGCUUCCCCACCAGUCCAUUUACAAAUCCCACGAUGCCGUCCAGGUCAACAUUCCUGCCGAGUCCGGUGAAAUGGGUGUGCUCGCCAACCACGUCCCAUCGAUUGAGCAGCUGAAGCCUGGCGUUGUCGAGGUUAUCGAGGAGAGCGGCACCAAGCGUUUCUUCCUUUCCGGUGGUUUCGCUGUCGUUCAGCCCAACUCGGCGCUGAGCAUCAACGCCGUUGAGGGUUACGCGCUGGAGGAUUUCAACCCGGACGCUGUCCGUUCCCAGAUUGCGGAGGCGCAGAAGGUCGCCAACGGUAGCGGUAGCGAGCAGGAUAUUGCGGAGGCGAAGAUUGAGUUGGAGGUUCUUGAAAGCCUCCAGGCUCACUUGAAGUAA